UUGUGAGGCUGGGCCCCAACAGUCCAAAAAAGCAAAUGGGCUGCCUCCUUUGAGGGUCUCGCUUUGCGCGAGGUGCUCGCCCGGUAUCUGCCAUGCAAAACGAGGGAGCUUUAUGAAGGAAUCCGUCUUGUAAAGCCAUUGGUCCUGGUCAUCAGCCUCUACCCAAUGCUUUCGUGAUGCUGCCGCUGAUCUAUUUGGGAAGUUGGCUGGCUGGCGAGGCAGAGCCUCUCCUCAAAGCCUGGCUCCCACGGAAAAUAUGCUCAGUGCAGCCUCGUGCAUGAAUGAAAACGCCGCCGGGCUCUUCUAGUCGGGCAAAAUGCAGCCGAGAACUCCGCUUGCCUUGUGUAUUCUCCUGUCCCAGGUGCUGCUGCUAACAUCUGCAGAAGAUUUGGACUGCACUCCUGGAUUUCAGCAGAAACUGUUCCACAUCGAUCAGCCAGUGGAAUUCAUCGAGGACCAGGCGAUUCUGAACUUGAACUUCAGUGACUGUAAGGGAAAUGACAAGCUACACUACGAGGUCUCAAGCCCAUACUUCAAGGUGAACAAUGAAGGUGGCUUAGUCGCCCUGAGGAACAUAACUGCAGUGGGCAAGACUCUUUUCGUCCAUGCCCGGACUCCCCAUGCGGAAGACAUGGCAGAACUCGUGAUUGUCGGGGGAAAAGACAUCCAGGGCUCCUUGCAGGAUAUAUUUAAAUUUGCAAGAACGUCUCCUGUCCCAAGACAAAAGAGGUCCAUUGUGGUAUCUCCCAUUUUAAUUCCAGAGAAUCAGAGACAACCUUUCCCAAGAGACGUUGGCAAGGUAGUCGAUAGUGACAGACCGGAAGGGUCCAAGUUCCGGCUCACUGGAAAGGGAGUGGAUCAAGAGCCUAAAGGGAUUUUCAGAAUCAAUGAGAACACGGGCAGUGUCUCUGUGACACGGACCUUGGACAGAGAAGCGAUUGCUACUUAUCAGCUAUUUGUGGAGACCACUGAUGUUAACGGCAGAACUCUUGAGGGGCCAGUCCCUCUGGAAGUCAUUGUGAUUGAUCAGAACGACAAUAGACCAAGCUUUCGAGAGGGCCCCUAUGUUGGUCAUGUCAUGGAAGGAUCGCCUACAGGGACCACGGUGAUGCGGAUGACAGCCUUCGACGCGGACGACCCGGCCACAGAUAACGCCCUCCUGCGGUAUAAUAUCCGCCAGCAGACGCCUGACAAGCCGUCUCCCAACAUGUUCUACAUCGAUCCUGAAAAAGGAGACAUCGUCACCGUGGUGUCACCGGCACUGCUGGACCGGGAGGGAAAUGUCUUCUUCUAUUGCAGUUGGGCCACCUGAAUGGGCUUGUUACCCUUCUCUGGGGUUUAUUCUGAAACAUCAGCUCCUAUGAGGCUCAUUCUCAGAUGCUGGAAAACUAAGAGCCCCCAAUGGGGUCUAAGAAGAUAGCACUUACGUUCACAUAUAUAUAUAUGGCAUAGUCUUGUUUCAAAGGGGAAUUACUGCAUAAAUAUAAGGUCAUCUAUUUCUAGAUGCUACAACUAAUGUCUAUAUAUAAUUGUAUUGAACAAUAUUAAAAAUAUUACUCAUUGAAAAAAA